AUGUGGAUCCGUUUCCUCCCUCUCUGCAUCCGCACCGACUCCUCUCUCGAGAAAGGCAUUUCCAUUUACUCCAACGAAAGCCGCGUUCUGGACUCCACGCCUCGCUCUGUCGAGGGCGUUUGCCAGAGCCGCAUCGGCCUCAUCGGCAAUCCAUCGGACGGCUAUUUCGGUCAGACCAUCAGCAUCACGCUGGACAAUUUCGCCACCAAAGUCGUUCUGCUGCAAUCCGACCGCCUCACCAUCGUUCCUCACCCCGUCAGCGACCCGGUGAAUUUCCAGGAUAUCCGCGGGUUGCACUUAUUGCUCCAGAAGAACGGUUACUCUGGAGGGAUUCGCCUGCUCUACGCGUCGCUCAACAGCUUCUACAAGUACAUCAUGCAGCAGGGAAUCUACAUCAACAUGCAGCCCUUCGUUAUCUCGUACGACACCACAAUCCCGCGGGAAGUGGGGCUCAGCGGAUCGUCGUCGAUCAUCAUCGCCACGCUGCGCGCCUUGAUGAAGUUCUACGCGAUUCCCGUGGUUCUUCGGAGCCAGAUUAAGUGGGCUCUAAACGUGGAAACCGAGGAAUUGGGGAUCACCGCGGGUCUUCAGGACCGUGUGGUUCAGGUGUUGGAGGGCUGCAUCCAAAUGAACUUCGACAAGGAUUCGAUCGAGAAGACGGGGAAUGGGAUCUACAGCCGUGUGGAUGUGCGCUUGCUGCCGCCGUUGUUUAUGGCAUACAGCGCGUUCCCCGAAGAAAUAUCCACUUUUUUCGAUCCAUUCGGAUGUGAAGCAGCGAUGGAAGCUGGGCGACCAGCGGAUUCGGAAGCUGAUGGAUCAAUAUCCUUGGGAGAUGGGAGAUGGGAGAGGCGACUUAACGGCACGAUCGCAGCGCUUCCGGCGGAGUUUUUGGAGAGUUUGGAGAGCCGAAAUGAGAAGAAAAUGAUGGAUUGUGUGAAUCGGAACUUUGAUUUGCGUCGUGAGAUUUGGGGAGAUGAGGCACUGGGUGGAGAAAAUGGAGCCAACCUGCAGAUGAUUCGCAUCGCGAGAAAGUAUGGAAUGGCUGCGAAGUUUUGCGGGUCGGGUGGUGCGAUUGUGAUCGUACCUGGAUUCUCGUAUAAGGAAGAUGUGAUGGAGGCGUUGGAGAAGGAAAUGAAGGAUAAUGGUUUUGUGAUGGUGAAAGUUCAUGUGCAUGAACCGAAUUGGAUUGUUUGUUGGAUAAGAGUGAGACAUUGGUGGAGUUCUGUGGAAUGA